CGCCCAGUGAUCACUUUUGUUUGCGCGGGUCUGCGGUCGCCUCAGUCUUUGUCUCUGAAGGGAGAGGAUUUGUUUGGUGCCGCUCAGUUCUUCUAAGAGAUGUCUAGGUACCACAAGGCAGCGAUCGAUGGCUACUUGGACCUGCUGAAGGAGGCCACGAGGAGGGACCUGAACACUGCGGACGAAGAUGGCAUGACUCCCACCCUGCUGGCUGCCUUCCAUGGACAUGUCGAUGCUCUUCAGCUCAUAUGCAGCAGAGAAGGAGACCCCAACAGGAGCGACAUCUGGGGAAACACUCCACUGCACCACGCUGCAGCCAAUGGCCACAUGCACAUCCUCAGCUUUCUGGUCAACUUUGGUGCCAACCUUUUCGCACUGGACAGUGAAUUCCACACAGCCAUGGACGUUGCCGCUUCUCGUGACCGCAUGGACUGUGUGCGUUUCCUAGAUGCCUCGGCCUCACAGCAGACCAACCAAAACGCCAAGAAGGUUGCCACUCUAAAGAAGGAAGCCAUUAAGGAGGCGGAGAAACGAGUGAAACUCUGCGAGAAGGUGAAGAAGAAACACCAGAGCAAGAUGGAGAAGAUGCAGCGAGGAGCAGGCAACACAGGGUCUGUGUCAGAGGCCAGCAUGGCAUCGUCAUUCUCAAACAGUGGAAGCAUGUCGGGCCCCAGUGAACAGUUCUCCGAGCUUAUUAAGGUUAAAUCAGGCUCUAUUUCGGCCAGGGUCAAAGGCACCCUUCAGAAGAAGCUUGGGAAGAAAGAGAAAGGCACAGCGCAGACAGGAGGAGACGGGAACGUUAUCUUCCUCAAGCAGGAAAACGGAGGAUCAGAGAACCCUGAUUUUCUGGGUGUCUUCAGCGAGGAAGAUGAAAACAUAUUCGAUGAAGAAGGACUCGGAGGAUUUGAAGAUGAUUACAGUGAAGAAUCAGGCCAAGUCAAACAGUCCAUCUUCAACCGGCCCGGGCUCGGAGGUCUGACUUUCAUGAAGAAGAUGGGGCUGGAGUCGGAUGACCUGCCCAGCGGGAACAAUGAAAACCUUGGCUACCUCAUUCAGAACAACCAGUACGAGGAGGAGGAAGAUGCAGGGGGCUUCGAGGGGAUGGGUGACGCGGAUCUGCCCUGGGAACAGGAAAAUCUGGGCCUUGACGAUGAUGAAGAUGAGGAAACCUCUCCUCUGGAUGCCUUCUUGUCUGCCUUCUCCUUGCCAGAGUUUGCCCCCGCCUUCAACCGAGAGCAGCUGGACCUGGAGGCGCUCAUGCUUUGCUCUGAUGACGACCUGAAAGGCAUUCGCAUCCAGCUCGGACCCAGGAAGAAGAUCCUGGAAGCUGUUGCUCGCAGAAAGAAUGCACUGGAGACUCCAGGCAUCAUGAAGGACAGCUGCUUGUGAUCCAAUAAAACAUAAACAGUGAUUUAUGUUAAUGUUUGAAACUUAAAGAGAGACAGUAUUUUUAAUUUUCUAUAUAAGACAAAGAUGAUUCAGCAAACUGUUUCCCCAAAAGCACUUCACACAUUCUACAGUGAUCAGAUUUAUAUAGUUAUUUAUUGAGUAUUCUUGAUACAAACAACAUGACAAGAUAGAAGAAAACUAUCAUUGGAUAAAUAAAUCUCAAUAUUUAAGUAUUUCAAUAACAGACUCACAUUGUGGCAAAAAAAUGCAGCAAAUUUGAAUUCACAUGAAAUCACAAUCAUAAUUUGACAAAAUUUCCACUGCUUCACCAGACUGAAGGCAUAUGCCAUGGUGCCAGUUUAUUUAUUACUCAACAUACUGACUUUGUAUAUGUUUUCUUUCUUUUAGAUAUAUGGUGGAUGGUCUUACUUGUGAUUAUUUUCCUAAAAACAAAUUAAAACAAUUUCAAACAAUUUCAAAAA